AUGGCGUUCAACUUGGUGUCGGGGACCUUCGGCAACAUUUUGUUUAUUGUGUCUGUUAUCAAGACAAAGAAGCUGAGGACAAUCGGGAACGCGUUCCUGAUCAGCAUGGCAGUGUCUGACCUGGGUGUGGCGGCUUUUGUGACAGUGUCUGCUAUUACAGGUGCUCUGUACGGACGGGAAUCCUUCCUUCAAAAACCCAUCCCCUGUCACCUGAUCAUGAGUGUGGCCAUGGUAUCUUGCCUCGUCACAAUUGGCAGCAUUUUACUCGUCAGUUUUCACAGAUUCGUCAUUAUCUGCUUCUUCUGCAAGAGAGGUAAAAUCUUCACUAGAAAGUCCGCUGGCGUGAUGAUAGCUGUAACAUGGGUGUACGGCAUUACCUGUGACUUGCGCUAUGUCAUGAAAUGGGACAACGAUGGCCAUGGCUUCGACCCAAAACUGGAGCAGUGUUUCUAUGACCGCAAAGCAGACUCUUGGUUUUUAAAAAGUUUGUCUAUACUUACACUCGUGGUUAUCACAGUUUCCUAUUCGGGAAUAUUUCGCUUUGUCAAAAGACACAGACAUGCGAUGUGGAAGUCGGCGACCAAAGAGAGGCAGAACUCGAUCAGAUUAGCGUACACUUUAUUGCUGGUGGUCGUAGUGUUUUUCAUCUGCGCAAUGCCGUACGUCAUCGUCACGUUUAUAGACAAAGCGAAUCUUCUGCCACAGGGAGUUUACAUGUUUGUCAUGUUGUUACUGUUCACCGGAUCUGCCACAAACUGGAUUAUUUACGGCCUGACCAAUCAGCGGUUCCAGGACGCCUUCAAACGGACUUUGUGUCUGAGCAAAAACUGA